AUGAAUGCAGAACUCGUGGACCUCGGGGCUGAGCGAUACUCGCCGGCACAAAUACGCAUAUAUCUUACUCGUAUCAGUACAGACUUUCACAAUCUUGUCAAAGCUGGAGUCGAAGGGAUAUACAGAAGUCGGGAUGGAUUCUUCCAUGAAAUUAAUGAUCAAAAUGAAUAUCAUCGUCUCCACGCUGCUGUUCACAUGGAAAACGGAAAAUUUUCGAAUUAUAUGAGGAUACACGGACAAAAACGCAGAGUGGUUUUGUCUAAACAUCUGAGUGAAAUAGAACUAAAGAGUGGCCAGCUUUUGGUUACUGCUGAGGAUAUGUCGUCGUGGAUCAAGAAGUUAGGGCGCUGGGCGGACAUCGCCCGUAGCUAUGUCGAUAAUAUUGUAGGCUUGGUGUCUUGGUUUGUACACUCUGUUUCGGCAUUCGUUAUCAAAGAUAUAAAUGUGCGUGAAAACGUCUUGAGACGCAUCACGGUUUCUAUGGAGAAUAAUGCUAGGGCGGCGAGCAGUGAGCUUGCCAAGCUACUAGAGGACGAGGCUGGUUCUCCCAUCACCUAUAAUUACUAUUAUACAGACAACAUCCAGAAAGCGCGGAAUGAUUGGUCUAGACAGGACCUUGGUAUAUUGCUGCACAAUACCAUUAAUGAUGAUUGGAAUGGUCGUUUCCACGUCAGCAACUCGCCGGAUGAGAUCAGCCGCCUUAUGAUGUCUCUCCAGAACUAUGGUGUUAUUGUUAACAUGGAGGAGCGGGCUUGCUCCGAAGCGCAAACCGAUCUAGCCGUCUAUUAUAAGGUCGCUAUAAAAACAUUUGUUGAUAAUGUUUGCCGCCAGGUUAUUGAGAGAUAUAUUGUUGCUAAGCUACUAACUAUAUUUGGCCUGGUGACUGUCAGUGGUUUUUCCGAAGAGGACCUAUACCACUUGGCUGCCGAGUCCCCACAGCUUAACCGCUACUUCUGA